AUGCAUCAUUGCACUAAAGAUCAUAUAAUUCUUAGUAAAUGGCUUGUUGAAAAUGAAAAGUCAAGAUUACCAUGCUAUUCAACUCAUAACUUGGGUGCAGCAGGAGUGGUUUUUAGUCAAGAUAAGCAAAAAAUUUUGAUGAUAAAAGAAAAUCACACAUUGUUUAAAAAUAUGUGGAAAUUUCCAGGAGGAUUAGUAGAUUAGGGAGAAACCAUCGAAGAAGCUUCAGUAAGGGAAGUUUUUGAAGAAACUGGAAUUAAGAGUGAGUUUUAGGGAAUAUUAGGAAUCAGAGAGUAGCUAAAUUUUAGAUUCGGGUAGGGAGACCUUUAUUUCCCAUGUAUGAUGCUUGCUUAAAAUGAGAAAAUUUAGCGCUAAGAAAUCGAAUUGUUAGAUGCGCAAUGGAUUGAGAUUGUAAGAAUAUUUGUUCAAUAAUAAUAACAGGGUGAUUUGAGAGAUAAAUAGAUUUAUGCUAUGGCUAAUGAAGUCACCAAGCAUAUCUUGAAAAUUUAUGAUUAAGAUAGGGAAAAUGUAUAUGAAAGGCUAUUGCAAUUUACAUUAACAUCAAGAGAUGAAAUUCUGUUUAGUAAUUUAUAUUUUUUCAUUCAAAAUACUCUUUAGAUAAGACUCAGAGAUAUCAUCUUAAUAGAUCGUUGA